AUGCGUCCCAUGCGACUGGACGUGGACGUGGACGUGGACGUGGACGUGGACGUGGACGUAGACGUGGACGUGGACGUGGACGUGGACGUGGACCUGGACAUGGACGUGGACGUGGACGUGGACGUGGACGUGGACGUGGACAUGGACAUGGACGUGGACUUGGACGUGGACGUGGACGUGGACAUGGACGUAGACGUGGACGUGGACGUGGACAUGGACGUGGACGUGGACGUGGACGUGGACAUGGACGUGGACGUGGACGUGGACAUGGACGUGGACAUGGACGUGGACGUGGACAUGGACGUGGACGUGGACGUGGACGUGGACGUGGACGUGGACGUGGACAUGGACGUGGACGUGGACAUGGACGUGGACGUGGACGUGGACAUGGACGUGGACGUGGACAUGGACGUGGACGUGGACGUGGACAUGGACAUGAACGUGGACGUGGACGUGGACGUGGACGUGGACGUGGACGUGGACAUGGACAUGGACAUGGACGUGGACAUGGACGUGGACAUGGACGUGGACAUGGACGUGGACGUGGACAUGGACGUGGACAUGGACGUGGACAUGGACGUGGACGUAGACGUGGACGUGGACGUGGACGUGGACGUGGACGUGGACAUGGACGUGGACGUGGACGUGGACGUAGAAAUGGACGUGGACGUGGACGUGGACAUGGACGUGGACGUAGACGUGGACGUGGACGUGGACGUGGAUGUGGACGUGGACGUUGACAUGGACGUGGACAUGGACAUGGACGUGGACGUGGACGUGGACGUAGACAUGGACGUGGACGUGGACGUGGACAUGGACGUGGACAUGAACGUGGACAUGGACGUGGACGUGGACAUGGACAUGGACGUGGACGUGGACGUGGACAUGGACGUGGACGUGGACAUGGACGUGGACUGGACGUGGACGUGGACGUGGACGUGGACGUGGACGUGGACAUGGACAUGGACGUGGACGUGGACGUGGACGUGGACGUGGACGUGGACGUGGACGUGGACGUGGACAUGGACGUGGACGUGGACGUGGACGUGGACGUGGACAUGGACGUGGACAUGGACGUGGACAUGGACAUGGACGUGGACAUGGACAUGGACGUGGACGUGGACGUGGACGUGGACGUGGACGUGGACGUGGACGUGGACGUGGACGUGGACGUGGACGUGGACAUGGACGUGGACAUGGACGUGA